AUGACUGCCAGUAUAGCACUGAAUGACAUUUUGCAUGAACUAUACGCUGAAAACCAGAGACUCUGUAAUGAACUCAAAGUUUCGCACAAUUUAUGCCAAAACUAUCGCCAAUUGACUCAUCAGUGUCUCCAGAGUUGUGUCAACUGUCAGAGUAAUGCCCAAUACGUGCAUCACUUCAACCAACUUGAGCUCAGUUACCCCGUGGAUGAUACCCAGGAUAGUCACGCUGGCAGUGAUGAUCAGGGUAUUCGUGGGGGUAGUGAUAAGCCGGGUGUCAAAUAUGUGUAUAACAUAGGUAUCGAUGAAUCGGCUAAUAAUGAGCUCUUGAUUAGCGUUAAGGAAGUGUUAAUCAGUGAUAGUAAUUGUGGUGAUAAUCAUGGCGUUAGGGAUGCCAUCGGCGGUACUGCGGCUGCAGUGAGUCAACCCAUUGGUCGUAGGAGUAGUCGACGGACGACCACUAAAUCAAAGGGAAAGGCAUCUGAGGGCUCGACCAGACCUCCGGAUACCCCAAAAGUGGACACAACUGUGGAAAAGAAAAAGGAAUGCGAUUUCUGUGACUAUACUCACAGGGACUGGAAGGCCGUGGAGUCGCAUAUGAAUCGAUGGCACCUCAACCUCAAGCCCUACCGGUGCCUGUCGUGUGGGGUGUCCUACUCGUCCGACAGGUACCUGACCCGACACAUCAAGGAGUCGCACAACUCUGUCAUCAAAUACUUUCGCUGCGAUUAUAAGGACUGCGACUUCAAGACUAAGUACCAGAACGCCAUCAAAGGUAGUAUUGCU